GCUAAGGUCAGACACGUUCAGACAGCCUUCAGUCAACACACAGGCUGUGUGCAGGAGGUUUGAUGUUGCCCCCUGACCCCAGAGGAGGGGAGAGCAAGCUGUUUGAAGGUGAAGACCAACCUCAGUUGACACCAGUGAGGCCCGUAGGGUGGGGACCACGGACACCCUCACUGUCGCCAACCACCUCUGACCAAAGCUAGCUCGUAGCCUCCCUCCUCGCCCCAAGUCUUCCAUCACAGUCCUGGCUAUGGGAAGGGAAGGGAAGGGGAUGGGGUUUUGCCAACACAAUGUGUGGUAAAAAUAUAUCUCUUUUUAAAGAGAGAUCACGAAACCUGAAGACUGGAGAUGGGUAACUUGUAAUUAUCCCCUGCUUUGGGCGGAGAAUUCUAAUAGUUUUCAGAAAAACACGGAGUGUGUUCUCCAGGAUAAAAAGGGACCGGCUUGGCAUGCCAUCAUACAUAUCCAGGCCCUCCCUACCCUAGAAGAGAAAGCUCCUUCCUUCCUUCCUUCCCCACCCCCUGCCCCCAUUAGCCUUGAACACUGUCAGAGGCUCUCAGGAUGCAAGGCUGUGGAAACGGCUUCAUCAGACCCCACCCAGGAUCUGCUAGAGAAAGGGCCAGGAGGCGCUGGGUGGGCAGGAGAUGGUCUCAAACCCAGACACAAAGAGUCAUGUCCUUGCUCUCUCUUUGAGGGAGAGCUUUGAAUUGGUAAGGGCACCUUGGUCUCUGCCAGUAUCCUUUUUAAAAAAAAGUUAUUUGUUGUAUAUAAGUACACUGUAGCUGUCUUCAGACACACCAGAAAAGAGCAUCAGAUCUCAUUACAGAUGGUUGUGAGCCCCCAUGUGGUUGCUGGGAUUUGAACUCAGGACCUCUGGAAGAGCAGUCAGUGCUCUUAACCGCAGAGCCAUCUCUCCAGCCCCUCUACUGUGGUAGAUAUCACUGAACUGAAGUGAUGCAACCCCAAUUUUAUCUGGGUACACAGUGAUCAGGUAUACAGACCUCCUUCCCCAGCAUUCCAUGGGGGACAGAACCCUAAGACUAAGCUCUGUCUGAUAGGAUACUAGUGGAAAGUAUGGGCCGCCUGCGAGAUGUGUUCUUCAAAGGGGGAUAUCUACUGUGUUCACUUAGUUCUGGUGCUGUAAUACAGGGAAAACCACACACACACACACACACACACACACACACACACACACGAGUUAUUCAGCUUAUACUUCACAGCCCCAUCCCAGAGAGAAGUGACCUUAGAAGCUGAAUCAGAGACCUUGUAGAAUGCCAUUUACCCUCCCAUGCUCACCCAGCUUCUUGAUAUAUGGGGCCCAGGACAAUGAGCCUAGGAAUGGUGCUGCCCACAGUGGUCCGUGUUCUCUCGAAUCAGUCAGCAAUCACGAUAUUCUCUCAUGGUGUGUUCACAACCGAUCCACUCUGGGCAAUCCUCAGUUGACAGAUGAAGCUACCCACCCCUUCCCUCAUCCCCAUCCCCAUCCCCAACCUUUACUCCUCCUUCCUUUGAGGAGUGCACUCGUGAUAGGUAGAAUUCCAGCAACCUUUCUAAAACUCAAGGCAAACCCACAAACAGGCUAUAAAUGGCAGAGCGACAGGAUAAAAAGAACCUGGGUGACUGACAGCACCAAGUCUGGGGUACCUGCCAACCAUUUGCAAGCAAGAGCAACAACAAAAACAAUAACAAAAAGGCACAUCUGCACCGUCUAGUCUACGGCCACAGGUGCUGACGGUAGGCCCAAUGUUGAAAAUUAGCUUGGAAUCUUUUCUUUUCUUUUUUCUUUUUUUAAGAAAAAAUUUUUUGAAAAACAAAUUAUGAUUUAUUUAUUGGGGCUGGAGAGAUAGUUCAGAGGUUAAGAGCACUGAAUCCUCUUCCAGAGGCCCUGAGUUCAAUUCCCAGCAACCACAUGGUGGCUCACAACCAUCUGUAAUGGGAUCUGAUGCCCUCUUCUGGCCUGCAGGGUAUAUGCAGAUAGAGCCCUCACAUACCUAAAAUCAAUCAAUAAAUAAAUCUUUCAUAGUCUUAAGAUUUAUAUAUUAUGUAUAGAGUACUCUGCGGGUUGAGGGACAUUUUUAGAGGGGUCGCCUAAGACCCUUGGAAAGCACAGAUCUUUACAUUACGUUACAGUUACAUAACAGUAGCCAAAUCCCAGUCAGGAAGUGUUGACGAAGGUAAUUCCUAUGGCUGGGGAAUCACCACAGCGUGAGGAACUGUAUUAAAAGGUUGCAGAGUUAGGACAGUUGAGAACCGCUGACCUAGGAGGCCCUGACUCCUUCCAGGUCUGCUAAUGUAAGGAACAGAAGGGAAGACCUGUAAAGGAUGCUCAAGAAAGAAGCGAGGAAAGCGGGCAUGUCCUGAAGCCCGGUUAAGUCUGAAGCCACCUUGGCCAGGGAUCAAGCAAGACCCCCUGGGCAACAGGCGGUUGGUGAGCAGGCACCACCUAGUGGUCAGUCUCCAAAAUGACAUCUCUAGGGAACUGGGGCAAUGUCCCCCAACAGGCCAGGUUGAGAGCUUGUUUAAAAGCCACCUUAUUUAUUUUGGGUGCCACAGGCAGUGCAGUUUCUGUUUUCCUUGGCUGGUUCUGCAGGCACUGUUUUUCCUCCCUGGAAGUCAUAAAAAGCACUUGGAAAUGUUAAAGUUUUCCCAAGCUGUGCGGAUCUGGCCUGAUGGUGGCCUGCCUGGUGACCUUUUCAGGCUCCGAGAGAGCCCCAGGCCUGGCCACAGUGCUGGGACCUGCCACCCCCACCCCUAAAAGUGCCCCACGGCUGCUGGGAGCAUGGCGGAGGCUUCUGUGGACCUGGGCACGGGAGACAACCUGGAGCAGAAGAUCCUGCAGGUGUUGAGUGAUGCUGGUAGUCCUGUGCAGAUCGACCAGCUGUUGAAGAAGUUACAAGUGCCCAAGAAAAUCCUCAACCAAGUCCUUUACCGCCUGAAGAAAGAGGGCCGAGUGUCCUCGCCGGCGCCAGCGACGUGGUCCUUAGGUGGAGAUGGGGCUUCCGGAGAUGGGGCUCCCGAGAUCCCUGAGGACUCCGCUGCCCAGCCUAGCCUUGAAGAAAGGAUAUUAAGAUUCCUGGAGACUAAAGGGCCCCAGAGGGCCCUGCAUAUCGCCAAGGCUCUGGGAAUGACGACGGCCAAAGAAGUGAACCCCAUCCUGUAUUCCAUGAGGAAUAAGCACCUUCUGACCGUGUCUGACACACAGAUGUGGACCAUCUACCGCUCAAGCCAGGAAGGCCAAGAGCGAGCUUGUUCCGGAGUCGGACAAGAGUCCCCUGCGGUUAUUUACCAGCAAAAUCCGAUCAACAUGAUCUGCCAACAAGGACCCAACAGCCUCAUCUCUAUUUCCAACUCAAAAGCCAUCCAGAUUGGCCAUGGGAAUGUUAUGUCAAGACAGACAAUCUGUGGUGACCCAGGUCCCGGGACUCCUCACCACGCCCCUCUACCCGUGCUAGAGGAUGCUGCUGCUCAGGACACGCCCCCUGGUACCCACGGAGCUCAACUCAUCCACCUGAACAAGUCCAUGCUCCGACGUGUGCAGCUCGGCCACGGCAACGAGAUGAACCUCGAGAGGGAUCCAGUGGAACACCCCAUUUUCAGCUUUAGUAGUAGCCCCCCAGAGUCAACCACCACUGCAGACCCAGAAACUGCAUUCAACAUGCAAACACCUGAGCCAGGCCCUCACCCUGAGGGAGGCACAACCCAGAUAGUCCACAUCAAAUCCUGCUUGCUAGAGGACACGACCGUCGGCAACAACAACAAGAUGACCAUCCACCGUAGGUCAAAGGGUGGAGCCAAGGAGUCUGCAGACAGCCAAGAACUGAAAGAAGACACAGGUGCAAGUUCUGAAGCCACGCCACCCAGAAGCUGCUUGCACACACCCAGCGACUCCACCCUGCUCACCUCUGAGCUGACAGCUAUGGCUCUGGGAGAUGGCAGCCCCCAGAUCACAGAAUCUAUGCUUAGAGAGGAUGAAGUGCAGGCCGCAGAAACCUGUCAGACGCAGGACUGAGGCCAGAAAGCAAUGGAGCCACAAGACCAUAGACCUCUCUGCCACCAUGAGCCAAACCAACCUUUCCUGCCUCAAGAUCAAUGAAUCAAUCAAUACAUCGAUCAGUCAACCAUAUGAGCCAGUUGUACCACUCCUGGGUGUUCACCGGAAGGGAAAAGUCAACACAGAGAGACGUCUGCAUAUCCAUGCAGACGGUGGUCCUGUUCCCAGCAGAUAAGAGAUGGAACCAACCUUGCUGUCCCGCAGUAAAAGAUGGGCGAAUGUGGAGUAGCACACAGCCAUGAAAAAUACUGAGGUUGUCAUUGGCUGGAAGAAGAUGACACCAGAGACCACCACGUUAAGUGAAUGAAAGCCAUCUUAGAAUGACAA